AUGGAGUGGUUUUAUUUUGAAGCUUGCCAAGCUAAUCUUCAGGCUGAUAUAGUUUUUGCACUUGAUUCCUCUGGAAGUGUAGGACUUUCGCAUUUCAAAAGACAGAUUGACUUCGUUAAAGACUUAGUUGAUAUGUUUUCUAUUGGAUCCACCAGAACUCAGUUUAGUGUUGUAACAUUUGCAGAUACAGUUAACAAUGAAAUUAGUCUGAAUAAAUAUCAAAACAAACGUAGACUCAUAAAUGCGAUAGAUAAUAUUGCAUAUAGACAAGGAGCUACGAAUACUCACUUAGCACUAGAAUUUGUAACACAAAACUCUUUUCUUUCUGCAAAUGGUGGAAGGUCUAACAUAAAAAGAAUCGUUAUUAUUUUAACUGACGGAAAGUCACAGAUCCCAGAUGAGACAAAGAAAGCAGCAGAACAACUUCAUCUGUUAGGAGCACAAGUGGUUUCCGUCGGAAUUGGCUCGGGGGUAGACAUACUUGAAAUAACAAGAAUCGCAAGUGACAAGCAGAAUGUGGUUAGGGUUGAAAAUUUUGACGAACUUUCUACCAUAGAAACGCAAAUUCAAAAUGCUGCAUGUCAGAAAACAUCAGAAGAGCGCAAGAAAAGAAAAGUAUCUUCUACAUUAAAUAAAGAAAAGACGAUAACUGAAAAGCCUAUCAGAACAGUAAAUGAACUGGAUUUUUGA